CAAUGGGCGCCGCUGGCCACGCCCCGGCACUGUAGCAGCGAUGGCGGCCGCAGGUGCUGGAGGAAAGAGGAGGUCAGAGCUCGGGUGUGAGCAGCAGGGUUAGGAUGGUGCGGGGAAUCACAGCUCACCAAAGGAGGACUUGUUCCCAUGACUAACAUCCGAUCUGCAGAGUCUCUGUUACACCUACAUUAUAUAUAAUGAGCAGUAGAUAAUCCACAUCUGAGAAUGAUGCUCGCUCACAGCCAGGAUGUAUCCAGUCUACAGGCUCACCAGGUGCCGACAUUUGAUGACGUUGCAAUCUAUUUCUCCCAAGAGGAGUGGGGAUAUCUACAAGAGGAGCAGAAAACCAUUUACAAGGAUGUGAUUAUGGACACCUUCCGCUCCCUUAAAUCUUUAGGUUACAUUCAUGUAAAGCCUGAAAUAAUAUCUGUGAUCGAGAAAGGAGAAGAGCCGUGGAUAACGGAGGGCUAUCAGCUUAAUAUAAGGCGGAACGUCCUCGCUGCCGCAUCAGAUACGGAGCCUGUACGGCGACAAGAAAACGUUCCAUCUAUGGAUUCCUCCCCAGAGGUAAAACCAAGCCUGCCGGGAACAGCACUUCUUCUAGGCCCCAGUGGUGAAGGUGUUGUGGUGCAACAGAAAAGUGUCUCCCAGGAACAACCUCCUCUCUUUCCUCACAAACUAACGCUUAGAACACUUCAGAUCCCACCCGCGGCGGUGAAGUCCUUUUUGUGCCACGAGUGUGGGAAGUGUUUCGGCAAAAAGGCUCACCUUGUCCGUCAUCAGAUCACCCACACUGACAGAAAGCCCUUGAUCUGCCUGGACUGUGGCAAAUGUUUUACACAAUACUCGACAUUUUUAUUGCACAACAGAAUUCACAAAGGUGAGAAACCCUUUUCCUGCUCAGACUGUGGGAAAAUCUUCACCCAGAGGUACAACCUGAUCAACCACAUGAGAACGCACACCGGGCAUAAGCCCUUUUCCUGCUCGGUGUGCGGGAAAUGCUUUUACCUUCGCUCAGUCCUGAUUAAACAUUACAAGAUACAUACGGGAGAGAAGCCCUUCCCUUGUUCUGUCUGCGGUAAAUGCUUCAGACAGAAGUCGCAUCUGGACAAGCAUCAGAUCGUUCACUCUGCGGACAAGUCCUUCUUCUGUUGGGAGUGUGGAUUAAACUUCCUGACUGCGGCGGACCAGGCAAAACACAGGCUGAUCCACAGCAGCAAUAAGCCCUUUUCCUGCUCCGAAUGCGGGAAGCGCUUCCGGUGGAAGUCGUCCCUUUUGGAACACUCGAGAAUUCACACGGGGGAGAAACCAUUUUCCUGCUCGGAGUGCCCGAAAAGUUUCCGCUGGAAGUCGUCCCUGGUGGAGCACCAGAGGGUCCACUCCACCGACAAGCUCUUUUCCUGCGCCGAAUGCGGCAAAUGUUUCUACAAGCGGUCAAACCUGGAACAGCAUCAGAGGACGCACACAGGGGAGAAGCCUUUCGCCUGCUCCGGCUGCGACAAACGCUUCAGCCGCAAGAGACAUCUAGUCCGGCACCAGGCGGUGCACGACGAAGACCUGAUGUUUUCUUGCUCGGAGUGUGGGAAGUGUUUCGUCCGGGAAGCUGCCUUCACGCAGCAUCAGAAAGCGCACGAGAGGAAGCCGCGGCCGUGCGAGGAUUGUGGGAAGACUUUCACCCACCGGUCCGAACGCUCCAAGCACAUGAGAAGUCACACAGGAGAAAAACCGUAUCCGUGUCCGGAGUGCGGGAAGUGCUUCGGCAGUAUGUCGGUGCUUGGAAAGCACGAGCGCACUCACACGGGUGUGAAGUCACACGCUUGCUCCGAGUGCGACAAGUGGUUCGCCGAGAAAUCCGCGCUUGCUACACACCUGAGAACUCACACAGGAGAGAAGCCCUUCGGGUGCUCCGUCUGCGGCAAGCGGUUCAGCCAGAAAGCACAUGAGGUGAAGCACCAGCGAGUUCACGUUAAAGCCAAACAGUUCUCUUGCCUGGACUGCGACAAACAUUUCGUCACCAAGUCUGCCCUUUCCAGGCACCUCAUCAUUCACACGGGGACGAAGCCAUUUUCCUGUCCCGAAUGCGGCAAAUGCUUCUACAGGAAGUCCAACCUUAAGCAGCACGAGAGAAUUCACACAGGCGAGAAACCCUAUCCCUGCACCGAAUGCGGAAAGUGUUUCAUAAACAACGCCCACCUCGUGCGACACCAAGGGACUCACCUGGAUAGGAAGCCGUUCAUUUGCUCCGAGUGCGGCAGAAGUUUUGCGCAGUACUCAACUCUCUCGCAGCACAUGAAGGUUCAUAAAGGGCUCAGCCCGUUUGCCUGCCCGGAGUGCGGGAAAGUCUUCACCCAGAAGUCCGACCUGGCCAAACACGUCCGAAUCCACACGGGAGAAAAGCCGUAUCCCUGCCCGGAAUGUGGGAAGUGUUUCAACGUCAGCUCGGCCCUCAUAAAACACCGGCGGACACACACGGGCGAGAAACCUUUUUCCUGCUCCGAGUGUCUGAAACGUUUCAGUCAGAAAGCGCAUCUGGAUAAACACGCAAAGGUGCACACUGGGGAGAAACCCUUCGCCUGCACAGAAUGCGGGCAGGGUUUCGUCAGCAGCUCCGGCCUGGCGAGGCACCAGGCCAUCCACACGGGGGACAAACCAUUUUCCUGUUCGGAGUGUGGGAAGCGGUUUAACUGGAAGUCUUCACUGGUGGAACACGUUAGAAUUCAUACGGGAGACAUGCCGUACACCUGCUGUGAGUGCGGGAGCAGCUAUUCAAAGCGGUCGGCUCUUGUAAAACACCAGAGAACUCACACUGGUGAAAAGGGCUAUAAAGAAGCCGUCGUAGAACCUAAGAGCCAACAUUACGGUGCACUGAGUGUAGGAAACACUGCCAUGGGAGUUGCAGAAAUAGAGAUAAGCGUUUAAUAACAUUUCUAUAAAAAGUGUAUGUGUGCAGGCAUAUAGGGGUUGUAAAGCAAAACAUUGAUGUAUUAGGGAUUUCCUAUUAAAGGACAACUCACUUUUCAGAUAA